ACUACUCCAACUGUAUGGGGACACCUAUGGGGACACCUGUGGGGACACCUGUGGUGACAGAGGAGUGCAAGGAAGAAGGGGCGUGGCCUGAUUCUGCUCCCGACCAAUCAAACAGCUCAGAAUCUCCUCCUUCUGCCUCCUACACCAAUCCCCAAACAGGAGACAACACUGAUGACGACUCUGGGCCUAAAGUCCAGAAUCAUGACAGUGAUGACAAUGAUGAUGAUGAGGGAGAUGACAGCGAGGUGGAAAGUCGAACGCCCAGAGAGAUGAUUCCUGAGUUUGACUUUGCACAGAUAGAAAAAUACUGGGAAACAUCCACUGACAAAUUACAUGAGAAGAUCAAACUAAAGAGACAUAUUGAGCUGGAGGCAGAGAACACAAAGCUUAAGGAGGACAUGCAGGAGCAAUCUGCCCUGACAUCUGCUGCAGGCGGUGGGCGUUUCUCCAUCCUAAACUACAGCAGUGAUGAGGAGGGUGAUACGCCUUUGUAUAAAGGGAAGUUUGUGGAUACAAAAUUCAUUGAUGAUGUCUACGAUUCCAAUAUUGCACUGGAUGAAAGUGAAAGACAAGACAAGGAAAAUAAACCACCUCCAAUUGUGUUGGAAGGCAAGAAAAAAAAAUGGGAUACAUAUAAAGUUCCACCGAGAUUUCAAAAGAAGGAUGCGGGCAAGUCACCUGCAAAAAAUAGUCGUCCACCCCCACCGCCGGGCUUUAGUGAAAGUUCUAUAAAAACAGAAAGUGAAGAGGUUUACCCACAGGCCCUGGAGUACACAGCAGUGCACUGGAGUGGUGGAUCUGAUCGGGGGACACUCGGUCCUGGAGAAACACUAUCUAACUACAAGGACCCUCCGAGUGGCAGGAAUAAUUCAGUUACACCUUUGAAACUCGGUGUGAGUGAGCAGGUCAGUGCUCCGUGGGUGGAGGAUGUGGAGAUUUUGGGAGACGGUGGUGGGGAGACUGUACAUAUGGAUCAUAUCGCCGCCCUGGAACAGAUCAGUCCAACCAAAGUCGACUUCUACAGGGUCGUUAAUCAGAUAUUAGCUGGUGCUGAUAAGGAAAAUUAUGAUGUGACUGCAGCCAAACUGAGGAGGCUGUUCUCUACAGAUUUGUUUGUGUAUUUGGACACGGAGCAGCUCCAAGGCGUCGUCAACAUUCUACUUAACAGGGCUGUGAGAUAUUAUGGGGAACUACACGACUGUUUAUUGGAAAUUAUAGAACUACUAAAUGUGGCACAAGACUUUCCUGAAUGUGUUGUCAAUGGGAUAAAGAAGCUACAUGAUAUGUACAUCACGGUCCCAGACAAGGGAAGGACACUUCACAACCAGUGUAGUAAAAUAUUUGGACACCUCUUCAGUUUGAGUCUGUUCUGGCAUGACAGUGCCAGCUGUGUACAGAAAUGCAUCUUGGAUUUGGUUGAGCGGUGGAUGUAUUUUAACAAAAAGGGAACUCAGACGGGUCAGGAAGAUCUGGAACAAGUCUAUCUCCAAAGUUUUAAGACGAUCUGGGUGAUCAUCGCUGAUAUCCUCAAGGACAGAUUUGUAGACAGAUAUGACAGUAUUCAGUGGGAAUGUCGUGACAAGCUCUUCGGCUCCAAUAUACCCAG